GCUUCGGCAGACCUGAACAGUCAUUGUGUUCCUGUCCCGGCAGACCUGAGAUCAGUCGUUGUGAUUAUGCCCCGGCAGACCUGAGAUCAGUUGUCCUUCUCCUUCUUCUUCUUCGUCGGCACACAUUCUGCUGACUGUGUUCCAGGACACUCAGGUACACUCAGGUCUUCUGCUGUCCUGCUGCACUGGAUCAUGGCGCACUGCAAUGUACACUCACCUCACGAUGAUGUCAACUUAGGACCUUCUGCCAACCCACAUGCUAAACCAACUGACUUUGACUUCUUGGCAGUCAUUGGCAAAGGGACUUUUGGAAAGGUGCUGCUCGCCAAAUUAAAAGCCACCAAGAAGUUUUAUGCUGUCAAAGUUCUGCAAAAGAAAGUCAUCUUGAAGAAGAAGGAGCAAAAGAACAUCAUGGCAGAAAGAAACGUGCUGCUGAAAAGUCUCCAGCAUCCUUUCCUGGUGCGCCUGCAUUAUUCCUUCCAGACUACAGAGAAACUCUACUUUGUGUUGGAUUAUGUGAAUGGAGGGGAGCUCUUCUUCCACCUGCAGAGAGAAAGAUGCUUCACAGAACCUCGAGCCAGGUUCUACACGGCAGAAGUAGCUAGCGCCAUCGGCUACCUGCACUCCCUCAACAUCGUCUACAGGGACCUGAAGCCAGAAAAUAUCCUCUUGGACGCCCAGGGUCAUGUGGUGCUGACAGACUUUGGUCUCUGCAAAGAAGGGGUGGAGCCUGAAGGAACAACUUCCACCUUCUGUGGGACACCAGAAUAUUUGGCGCCAGAAAUUCUUCGCAAAGAAGCGUAUGACAGAACAGUAGACUGGUGGUGUUUGGGAGCUGUUCUGUACGAGAUGAUCUACAGUCUGCCUCCCUUCUACAGCCGAGACGUGGGUGAGAUGUACGACGCCAUCCUGCACAAGACUCUUGUACUUCCUGCAGGAAAGUCUGAGGCCGUGUGCUCGCUGCUGAAGGCGCUUCUGCACAAGGACCCGCACAGACGACUGGGAGCUAUCGCUGACUUUCUGGAAGUCAAGAAUCAUCCUUUCUUCUCUGCCAUCAACUGGGAUGACAUUUUCCACAAGAGAAUUCCUCCGCCUUACAACCCCAACGUGCGAGGACCAGCAGAUACGCAGCACAUUGAUCCAGAGUUCACCAGAGAAAAUGUGUCUAACUCUGUGAGUCGCACGCCAGAAUUCAACGCCAGCUUCAACGCCAACAACGCCUUCAAGGGCUUCUCUUACGUGGCCAACGAGGAGAACUUCCUGUGACCAUCUGCUCUACUUCCUCUUCUAUACUUCACUAUCUAACUCAGGCCCGGCCCUAUGGUUAACAAAGUACAUACAGGUUUCCACCACUGGUGGCAGCAAUGACAACAUCCAACACAGAAGACGUCUGGAGCCAAAGUUUGUUAAGCGCAAAAAUGAUGACAAAAGUGUUAAAACUUUAUUUGUACUCUCUUUGUACUUAUAUGUUAAUGACAGUUGAUUUAAUAAACAUAUUCAUUGUU